AGAAGUAUCAUCAAGAACCCCACCCACCCCUAGUUUCACCCGAGAGCGCGAAUCGAGUUCGAUACAGAUCUUUUUAGGGUUUCCACUGUCCACCCUGUUCAGGAAGCCGUUAGCGUGUAGAAUUUCUAGGGUUUCCGGUCGCCUAGCUACAAGCUUCCCUUUCAUCUUUCAUCGGAAAUGGUUAGGAAUCACGUGAUCUCCGACGGCGAAGAAGAUGAGGUGCAUGUUGAGGAAGAGGAGCGCGAUGAAGAGCCUGGGGACGGGGAAGAUGUGGACGAGGAUGAUGAGGAAGAAGACGAUGAUGAGGAAGGGCAAGAUGAGUUUGAAAAGGAUGGAUUUAUAGUAGAUGAAGAGGAAGAUGAGGAAGAAUUAGCUGAAAGUGACGAAGAGAGACAUAAAAAGAGGAAAAGGAAGAAAAGGGAGUCUGAGAGGCAUUAUGAACUUGAUGAUGACGAUUAUGAACUUUUGCAAGAAAGCAACAUAGCAGUUAAUCGCCCAAAACAAGGGAGCAAAAAAUUCAAGCGGCUGAAAAAAGCUCAGCGGGAUUCAGAGGAACGGCGUUCUGGUUUUUCUGAGGAGGAUGAUUUUGAUGACUCUGGCCACAUAGUUCGUACAGAUGAGGAGAAGCUCAAAUACACCCUAUUUGGCGAUGAUGACGGGCAGCCACUGGAAGAUAUUGCCGAGGAGCAGCCAGAGGAAGAAGAGGAGGAUGCUGAUAUCGUUGAAGAAGAUGAAAUGGCUGACUUUAUUGUUGACGAAUAUGAUGUGGAUGAGAAUGGCGCUUCCAAGGGAGGGAAGAAAAUGAAUAAAAAGAAAUCAAGACAGGCACCUGGUGUUUCAUCCUCUGCACUUCAGGAAGCACAUGCGAUUUUUGGUGAUCCUGAUGAGAUGCUCUCUAGGCUUCAAAAGCAAAGAUUAACUAAAGCAGGCCCUUAUGAUGAACCUGGUAGGCUGCUAAAGGAAUUUGACCCUGUUAUCCUUUCCGAGAAAUACAUGACUGAGGAUGAUGAGAGGAUCAGAGAAAUAGAUAUCCCAGAAAGAAUGCAGUUAUCUGAGGGAAGCACUGGUUCACUGACGGAUGAGAUGGACAUAAGUGAUGAGACUAACUGGAUCUACAAUCAACUCCGCUUUGUAUCCCCAUUUAACAAGAGGGAGACGGGGUUAAGUGAAGAAGGAAACGAGCUUCCAAUUGACAAAGAUGAUAUUAUGAGGUUUUUGGAUUUAAUGCAUGUGCAGAAAUUGGAUCUAUCAUUUAUUGCUAUGUAUCGGAAGGAGGAGUGCAUGACCUUACUGAAGGAACCAGACGAGAGUGGUGUUGAUGUUUCUGAGAAUGCCUCUGACAAAAAACCAGGGCUAAAGUGGCACAAGGUGCUUUGGGCAAUUCAGGAUUUAGACAAAAAGUGGCUUCUUCUGCAAAAAAGAAAGAGUGCACUCCAGUCGUACUAUAGCAAACGAUUUGAAGAGGAGUCACGCAGGGUGUAUGAUGAAACAAGGCUAAAUUUGAACAAACAGCUUUUUGAAUCAAUUUCCAAAUCACUUAAAGCAGCAGGGUCAGAAAGAGAGGUGGAUGACGUUGAUUUAAAAUUCAACCUACACUUCCCCCCAGGUGAAAUUGGUGUAGAUGAAGGUCAGUUUAAGAGGCCAGUGAGGAAAUCAGACUAUAGCUAUUACAGCAAGGCUGGGCUGUGGGAAGUUGUGAAUAAGUUUGGUUACAGCUCUGAGCAAUUUGGGCUGCUGAUAUCUCUGGAAAAGAAUAGAAUGGAUGAGUUGGAAGACCCAAAGGAGACACCAGAGGAAAUGGCAUCUAACUACGUCUGUAGGAUGUUAGAAACACCGCAACAAGUUCUCAAGGGUGCUAGACACAUGGCAGCAGUUGAGAUUAACUGUGAACCCACUGUUCGGAAAUAUGUGCGCUCUGUAUAUAUGAUGGAUGCUGUAGUGUCUACAUCCCCCACUCCUGAUGGGAAUACCGCUAUUGAUCCUUUUCAUCAGUUUGCGGGGGUGAAGUGGCUCAAGGACAAGCCACUUUCGAAAUUUGAUGAUGCACAGUGGAUUCUCAUACAGAAGGCUGAAGAGGAGAAGCUCUUACAAGUUUCUAUAACACUGCCACAAACUGUCUUGGACAAGCUUACUUCAGAUUUCAAUGAAUAUUACCUUAGUGAUGGUGUAAGUAAAUCUGCUCAGUUGUGGAAUGAGCAGCGGAAGUUGAUACUUGAAGAUGCAGUUAAUAAUAUGCUUUUACCAUCAAUGGAGAAAGAAGCAAGAUUGAUGCUGUCUAGUAGAGCAAAGAACUGGUUACUUUCAGAAUAUGGGCAGCUUUUGUGGAACAAAGUGUCUGUUGGUCCAUACCAGCGAAGAGAAAAUGGUGGUAGCUCUGAUGAAGAUGCAACACCAAGGGUUAUGGCAUGCUGCUGGGGACCUGGUAAGCCAGCAACCACUUUUGUGAUGUUGGAUUCAUCUGGAGAAGUUCUGGAUGUCUUGUAUGCUGGGUGUCUCAGCCUUCGUGGUCUGAAUGUUAAUGAUGAGCAGAGAAAGAAGAAUGAUCAACAAAGGCUAUUAAAGUUUAUGAUGGAUCACAAACCUCACGUCGUCGUACUCGGAGCUGUAAAUUUGUCUUGUACACGUCUGAAGGAGGGCAUAUAUGAGAUCAUUUUUAAGAUGGUUGAGGAAAAUCCAAGAGAUGUCGGUCAAGAGAUGGAUAAUUUUUAUAUAGUGUAUGGGGACGAGUCCCUUCCUCAUCUAUAUGAGAACUGCCAAGUUUCAAAUGACCAGUUACCAUCCCAGCCUGGCAUUGUGAGGCGUGCUGUAGCCCUUGGGCGGUAUCUUCAAAAUCCUUUAGCAAUGGUUGCCUCGCUUUGUGGACCAGGGAGGGAGAUCCUAUCAUGGAAGCUGAGUUCAAUGGAAAACUUUCUCACUCCUGAUGAGAAAUAUGGAAUGAUUGAACAGAUUAUGGUGGAUGCUACUAACCAAGUCGGUCUAGAUCUUAACUUGGCUAUAAGCCAUGAGUGGCUAUUUGCUCCACUGCAAUUUAUUUCUGGACUGGGACCCAGAAAGGCUGCCUCAUUGCAAAGAUCCUUGGUCAGGCUACAAUCGAUAUUCACUAGAAAGAACCUGUUGACCGAACAUCACCUUGGUAAAAAGGUGUUCAUAAAUGCAGUUGGUUUUCUGCGAGUUCGGAGAAGUGGAUCUGCUUCUAACAGUAACACAUACAUUGAUUUGCUGGAUGAUACACGGAUACAUCCAGAAUCAUACAGUCUUGCACAAGAAUUGGCCAAAGAUGUUUAUCUCAAAGAUAUUGGCGAAGAUAAAGCUGACGAUGAUGAAGUGCUAGAGGCGGCUAUUGAGCAUGUGAGGGAGAACCCCAAAUUACUAAAAAGUGUUGAUCCUUAUAAAUAUGCUGAUGCAAAGCAGAGAAUUAGUAAAAAGGAAACCCUGAAUGAUAUAAGAUUGGAGCUGAUGCAAGGAUUCCAGGAUUGGAGAAGACCAUAUGUGGAGCCCAACCAGGAUGAGGAAUUUUACAUGAUUUCUGGUGAGACCGAGGAAACAUUGUUUGAAGGAAUAUCAGUACAAGCAACCGUUCGCAGGGUCCAGCCUCAGAAAGUUAUAUGUGCACUUGAAUCUGGUUUGACUGGCAUAGUCAUGAAGGAGGACUCACCAGAUGCCUGGAAGGAUAUAGAUGACUUGACCGAGGUAGUUCACUCAGGCGAAGUACUACCAUGUAGAGUCAAGUCAAUCCAAAAGAACAGAUACCUUGUGCUUCUGAGUUGCAAGGAUAAUGAUAUGAGAGGUAAUCGCUUCCAUAAUAACAGGAUUAUGGAUGAUUUCUACCGUGAAAAUCACAGCAACUUGCAGACUGUACAAGAAAAAGCUCGCAAAGAGAAGGAGCUCACAAAGAAGCAUUUUAAGCCUAGGAUGAUUGUUCAUCCCCGUUUUCAAAACAUAACAGCAGAUGAAGCAAUGCAGUUUCUGUCUGCCAAAGAACCUGGUGAAAGUAUCAUACGUCCUAGUUCACGUGGUCCAUCUUUCCUGACUUUAACACUCAAGGUCUAUGAUGACGUGUAUGCUCACAAGGAUAUAGUAGAAGGUGGAAAGGAACACAAGGAUAUUACAAGCCUGCUACGCAUAGGGAAGACUCUGAAAAUUGGGGAUGACACAUUUGAGGAUUUAGAUGAGGUAAUGGACCGUUAUGUUGAUCCAUUAGUUGCUCAUCUGAAAGCAAUGCUUAACUACCGAAAAUUCAAGAAGGGCACUAAAGCAGAAGUGGACGAACUCCUACGGCUUGAAAAAUCUGAGAACCCCAUGAGGAUUGUCUAUUCUUUUGGUAUAUCUCAUGAACAUCCUGGCACUUUUAUCCUCACCUACAUCAGAAGUUCAAACCCGCACCAUGAAUAUGUGGGUCUGUAUCCUAAAGGGUUCAAGUUCAGAAAGAGAAUGUUUGAGGAUCUCGAUCGUCUUGUGGCAUAUUUCCAGAGACAUAUCAAUGAUCCACCCGACGCUGCACCUUCAAUUCGAUCAGUUGCGGCGAUGGUGCCUAUGCGAAGCCCUGCAAGCAGCAGUGGCUGGGGUGGUGGUUCAUCAAAUGAUGAAAGAGGUGGUGGCUAUAGGCAAGGAGGCCGGGGUGAUAGGAAUGGGAGCAAUCAGGAUGGGUUGCCUCCAAGGCCCUUUGGUGGGCGAGGAAGGGGACGUGGCCGGGGUCGUGGGAGAGGAUCUUAUGAUAAUAACAGGGGAAGCAAUGACGGACAGGAUUCAGAUUAUGGGUCUCGCAAGUGGGGGGACUCCAAUGAGGGUGGGGAGAAUGGAGGAGGCGGAUCUGGUGGAGGAGGAUGGGGAGGAAAUACACCAAGCGAAAGUGGUGGUGGGGGAGGUGGUGCCUGGGGAAGCAGCAACGGAGGAGGAGGCGGUGGCUGGGGCGGGGAUACUGGUGGUGGUGCAGAUGAUUCUGGCUGGGGUGGUGGUGGCAAAAAGAAAAACAACACCGAAUCACAGCCAGGAGGCGGCGGCGGUGGAUGGUCUGGAAGCAAUGGCAACAGUGGCGGCUGGUAAAAUGUGUAUAGUGCUCCUUUUUGCCAGUAAGUAUUAAUCCGUCCAGCAAACUGGCACUUGGGGUCUCUUUUACAGUAGUAUUUAAAACAUCUGGUCAUUGUUGUCUUUUUUGUUGACCUGACCCCCACCCCUAUGAUGUUCCCUCAGUAAACCAGUAAGAUACAUGACUUGUUUUGGUAGAAUUAUUAUUAUUAUUUGUGCGGUUGAUUUAGUUUGAGAAGGAUUUAGCUUGCAAGUGUGAUCCAUUGAAAUUUGAAUUUAGAAGCAAUAGCUCCGGCAUCCGGUCACAUUAACACCGGUUGCCAUCGAACAAACCAUUACCUUUGAUUAGCUCCGUCAAUCGCUCCGGCCUUAUAGUUGUGUUUUUAUCUCUGUUCUGCAAAGAUCUUGAAGGACCUCAAGCGCUACAAAUUUCCUUUCAGAUAAUGCUCCCUUUGGGAAUUCAACUCGUGAUCUUGAUUCUCAUACCGCUUGUAAGACCUCAAGCGUUACCAAUUCUUUUAAAACUAAUUGGUGUUAGAAAAAACGUAUAUAUCUUAGCCCUAUGGUGUAUUUAACAUAUACAAAUGUCCACGACAUUCGAGUAUGACUUAACUACAUAGUCUCCACAACGAGACAAUUGAUGCAUACUUGACAAAUGACCGACAUAUCUUACAUACUCCAUGUCCCAUGAACACUUUCACAGUUUUUUGAAUGCCUUAAAAAACAUUACAUUUACUAUAUUCCUUCUUUUAGUAAUGAAUACUAGGGCUGGGU